AAAUAUAUUUGGCCACGACAUACGAUCUAGGGACUGGUGAAAAUUCCAUGAAUAAAACGACGUUUUUAACUCUAACAGUCGCAUUCAUUUAUUUAUUUUUUCACGAAAUUAACUUCAUUUCUGGAUUCAGAUCUCCGAUUGAAAGAUGGCCGACGACAAGCCAACUCUGUUUUCUCCAUACAAGAUGGGGAAGUUGAAUCUCUCACACAGGGUGGUGUUAGCUCCGAUGACUCGGUGUCGGGCGUUGAAUGGUAUACCGAAUGAAGCGCUGGUCGAGUACUACACUCAGAGGACAACCGCCGCUGGAUUUCUCAUCACCGAGGGAACAAUGAUCUCUCCCACCUCCGCCGGAUUCCCGCAUGUACCAGGUAUAUUUAAUAAACAACAAAUUGAGGGUUGGAAGAAAGUGGUUGAUGGAGUUCACAAACAGGGCGGUCUCAUAUUUUGUCAAUUAUGGCAUGUUGGUAGAGCAUCCCAUCAAGUGUAUCAACCCGGUGGUAGUGCACCAAUAUCAUCUACGGAAAAGCCCAUAUCCAACAAGUGGAAAAUAUUAAUGCCAGAUGCAACCUACAGUUCGUAUCCACAGCCCCGCCCAUUGGCAACCCAUGAAAUACCAGACGUCGUCCAAGACUAUCGUUUAGCAGUCAUUAACGCUAUUCAAGCAGGCUUUGAUGGCGUUGAGAUACAUGGAGCCCAUGGUUACCUACUAGAUCAGUUCAUGAAAGAUGGAAUCAAUGACAGAACAGAUGAAUACGGUGGUUCCUUAGAAAACCGCUGCAAAUUCUUGCUGCAGGUGGUACAAGCAGUGGCUGCAGCCAUCGGUGCAGACCGAGUUGGUGUUAGAAUCUCACCAGCAAUCAACCACCUAGACGCCAUGGACUCUGACCCACGCAGCCUAGGGCUAGCUGUUAUUGAGAGACUGAACAAGCUCCAGUUAUGCUAUCUUCAUGUGACUCAGCCACGUUACACUGCUUAUGGUCAAACCGAAUCAGGAAGCCAUGGGAGUGAGGAAGAAGUUGCUCGGUUGAUGAAAACUUGGAGAAGGGCUUAUGUUGGGACUUUUAUAUGCAGUGGUGGCUACACUAGAGAACUAGGGGUCGAAGCCGUUGCUCAGGGGGAUGCUGAUUUGGUGGCUUAUGGUCGACUUUUUAUAUCCAACCCUGACCUGGUUUUAAGGCUGAAGUUGAAUGCACCCUUAAACCGGUAUGUGAGGGCUACCUUUUAUACCCAUCAUCCUGUUGUAGGCUACACUGAUUACCCUUCUCUUCACAAAACAUAUGAACGACUUUCACGCUUGUAAUUUUGAGCUAUGUUAGUUGGAUUCAUAACUGUGGUUUCAAGUAUUCUAAAUAGCGAGUGUAAAAGUAUUUGGAGGUAUAUGUAUAUUUGUAAUUUAUGAGCUCUAGGCUCUAGUUAUAUCAAGGGAAAAUUCAUGAAAA